AUGAAUAAGAGGACCCUAUCCAAUGACGAAAACGAAAACGAGAAAAACAAAACCGGCGUGAAGAGAUACCUGAUGAGCAAUGACGAUCCGUUUGAAAGCCAAAAAAUGUUUCACGAAAAAAACUGCGCGUCCAAAAUUAGUGCCAAUUCGUUAAUCGAUAUGAAGCAGGAAGGCGACUACGUUCUUACCGACUUGAACAAUAACAUGAAUAAAAACAUGAAUGGAAAUGAUAACGACGCGGACAUGAGUUGUGGCAUGGGUCGAGGCACCACCCUGAUUGAUACGAAUAUGAAUAAUGAUCGGGAGAACACCAAGUACGGGGGGGUUACCACUAUGAGCGAGUUCGGCUACGUAGGGGGAGGCUGCGUUGGGAACGGCUGCGUGGGGGCCCCCUGCGUGGCGAACAGUUGCACUGCUAACAGUUGCGCUGCUAACAGUUGCGCUGCUAACAGUUGCGCUGCUAACAGUUGUGCUGCUAACAGUUGCGCUGCUAACAGUUGUGCUGCUAACAGUUGCGUCUCGAACACCUGUGCCCCCAGCGACGGAGGAGCGAGCAACCAGCCCCAGAACAUAUACUUCCCCAGCGAUAGUAAAAAAAGAAAGGGCAGCAAGUACAGCGGAAUGCCAUUCCUCAAGAAGGAAAAAAACUGCGUCAAUACAUUCCUUGUUUUGAAAGACGUACCGAGAGAUGCAGACAAGGAGGACAUCAAAUCGUUUAUGAGACCAUUUAUUAAAAAUAAUAAUCCAGAAAUUAUUUUCGAUCGGGAUGGAAUUAUUGUGAAGCUGUACGAUGACGAAUUGAACAAAAAUAUUUUCAACUACUUUGAUGAGCACCCGACACAGAUCAAGGGUUCCUUCGUGAGUGUUAAGCUGUCCAAGCUUAGUGACGACAGUGGCGGUGCCGCCGUUAAUAAGGAGAACUUGGAUGAGUACGAAGGCGGGGGCGUCGCCGCGAACGCCGCGGUGAAUGCCGGCCCGAUUGGCGGUCCGAUUGGCGGUCCGAUUGGCGGUCCUAUUGGCGGUCCUAUUGGCGGUCCGAUUGGCGGUCCGAUUGGCGGUCCGAUUGGCGGUCCCAUUGGCAGCCCCAUUGUCGGAAAUGGAAACAACCUGAGCAGCGGAGGCAACGUGCCAAGCACGAAGGAUGCCCUAGAAGGCGUAAAUAAAAAAACGGGCAAGCACAACAAAAACGAGUCCUCAAGAGUCAUCCUUGUAUCUGUCCUCAACCUGCACUACCCAGUAGACAUAGAAUUAAUAUACUAUCUCUUUAGCAAAUGUGGAACGGUAGAAAAAAUUAUCACCUUCUCCAGAAACCCCCUAAUCUAUCAAGCCCUAGUUCAGUUUCCAAACAUAGAAACUGCACAGGAAGCCAUCAAAACGCUGCACAACAGGAACAUAUAUGAUGGGUGUAACACUAUUCAGAUUCAGUACUCCUUUUUAAAGGAGCUGGUUGUGAAGGCAAACAAUUCUAGCUCACGAGAUUAUACGGCAGCCAACAUGACCAAAAAUAAGAACCUUUUGAAUUUUCAGACCUCGCACGGUGUGCUGCCUACCCCGACAAGGAAGGGAAACGACUCCGAGCUGUACCUCAUGCUGGAAAGGAAAUUCAAGCUAGUCGACUUCGACGCGAAGAACACCUCCAAAACGCCGGUUCUGAUUUGUUACAACAUCCCGAAGGACUACACGGAUGUGCACAAGCUCUUCAACCUGUUCAGCGUAUACGGCUUCGUGUCUAGAAUAAAAAUCCUGCGGGAGAAACCCGACUCCGCACUCAUCCAGUACGCGGGCUAUCUCUUCGCCUCAGUGGCUCAGGAGUGUUUGCAGCACGCCAAAGUUGGCGACCAGGUUUUGGAGCUCCACUUUUCGAAAAUUCUAGAUAUCCGUAUUGCGCCGCAGCAGAAGAAAAUCGAGUCAUACAAGGCCAAAACGUUUAGCAGCUACGAUCAGCGAUAUUUGCUGUCAGAUCAAGCGAAAUACAUAAAGGGAGCGUGUAAGCCAACCAAAACGCUGUUCAUAUCGAACGUAAGCGAAGAAGUAACGGAGGAAUGCAUAAUGAACCUUUUUAUAAAGUACGGAGAGAUUAAAAAAAUAAAAAUCCAACCAGUUAAGGAGGGAAAGAAACACAUAACCAUCACAGUGGAGCUGAGUUCAGAAGACAUGGCAACAAGGGCGUUAAUGGACCUCCACAAUUUCUACCUGAAAGAUCGCUUCAUCAAAGUGUCUUACACAAAAACUCGAUUAUGA